AUGGAUAAUCUUUCUCAGACUAAAAAUAUUACUAAUUAUUUUGUAUCUAAUGAAAACAAAAAAUUUAUGAUACCUAAAAAUAAAAAUCCGUUUAGUAAUAACACUAGUAAUAUUAGUGGUGAUAAUAAUAGUGGUAUUAGCAGUAAUGAUGAAUUCAAUAACCAAUCACAUAGAAAAGAUGACAGUAUUAAUCAGGCUAUAAUGAUACCAAAUCCGCAAAAACAGAUCGGUUCAUUGAUCUCAAAUCCUGAAUCUCUUGGUUUCAAACGAUUGACUCAUAAAAGGAGGCAAAUACCUAAAUUCCUGUGUACACAGCAGCCUCAAUUGACAAAGAGGAAGUUUGUUCAAGAUCAUUGGGACAAAUUGAAUCAAAGAAAAAUGAUCAAUUUAGAAAAUACCAUUGAAGAUACCACUGAAUUAUAUGAGACUUUGAAAAAAAUGAGAGACAUAGAGAGAAAGAUGAUGGAGCGGAAAGGUCUUGUAGAUAAAGCAGAUUUUGCAAAAGAGCUGAACGAAGCUAUUGUUUUCCAAGGGACUUGUGAGGAUAUGUGCCCUGUAUUCGAAAGAGCUAGAAGAAAUGUGGAACUAACUGUGUUUUCAUACGAAAGAGAACCUGGUGAAAACAAGAAGGCUUCAAGGAAUAAAGCUUUGAAAGUGUUUGCUAGACCUGCAGCGGCAGCAGCCCCACCUCUGCCUUCCGAUGUCAGGCCGCCACAUAUCCUAGUUAAGACUUUAGAUUACAUCGUUGACAACCUUUUAACUACGUUACCCAAGAGUGAAAGUUUUUUAUGGGAUAGAAUGAGAUCAAUUAGACAAGAUUUUACAUAUCAAAACUAUUCUGGUCCUGAAGCUGUUGAUUGUAAUGAAAGGAUUGUAAGAAUUCAUCUGUUAAUUUUGCAUAUUAUGAUUAAAACAAAAAUAGAAUUUUCUAUUCAACAGGAGUUAGAACAACUACAUAAAGCAUUGAUUACAUUAUCCGAAAUUUACGACGAUAUGAGAGCAAAUGGGUUUGAGUGUCCUAAUGAAGCAGAAUUUAGAGCAUAUGGUUUGUUAAGUAAAAUACGAGAUCCACAAUAUGAUCAGAUCAUACAGACACUACCCUCACAUAUAUUCAAUGAUCAUCUAGUCCAAUUAGCCAUAUGUUUUAGACAAAUUAUUUCUAAUUCAAAUUAUUCUGAAAGAGGAUAUAUCAAGACAGAGAAUUCGCUCAAUUUUUAUUUGCAAUUCUUUCAGUUGUUACAGUCUACUGAAGUUCCAUUUCUUAUGGGGUCUUUCUUACAAAUAUAUUUAGGUGAAGUGAGAUUUUAUUCUAUGAAAGCUUUAUCCCUGUCGCUAAAUAAAAAACAUAAACCCAUACCCAUUAAAUAUUUUUUAGAUACUUUAUUGUUUAACAAUAAAGAAGAGCUAGAAUCAUUUUGUCAAUAUUAUUCCAUAUCUAUCUCAUCAGAUGCAGUAGAUUUAAAAACAUUAUCUUAUCAUUCACACCAUCUUGCAGAGAAAAAACCAUUAUCUCAAACAUAUUUAAUGUGUAUUGAUAAUAAGAUUGGUGAUAGAACAUAUGCACAAUUAAUAAACUGUGGAAAAUCAAAUGAAAAUAUUACAAGCCGUGAUUCUAAUGCUUUGAAUGCUAGUCGUAUUGACAAUUCUAUUAGACAUUUAAUAUAUCAACCCUCAUUUUCAGUCGAUCCUAAACUACUUCCUAGUUUUCAAACAACUUCUUUUGCAGUGGAUAAUAAACCUGUCCAAUUUUCAGAAAAGAAAGAUCAUGUAUUUAAUAUAAAAUCAUCUACUCAAAUUUUACCUUCACGUGACACUUCUUUAUCGACUACUGCUACUGCUACUCCAACCCAAGCAUUUAAUAUUAACCAGAAUAAUAUCAGUGAAAUAAGAACGGGAAAUUUUCAUGUUGUACCAACAAAUUCAUCAAAGCAAAUGUCAUCACUUAAUAGUAUUGAUAAGAAUGUAUCAAAUAUAACAUUAUCACAGAGAAAUUUAACGUUCAACAAUACUGUAACUAAUAUAUUUACUGAUGGUAAAACGCCAUUAAAACAAUCAAAAUCGCAAACAAUACCACAAAUUAAUAAAAAACAGGAAAAGGAAGUAAUAAAAGAUAAAUUAGCAGACAGGUUAACAAAUGCAUUAAUUAAAUCUACAAUUGCAACAGUUGUCCAAGAUACUGUUACUAAAAUAGAAAAAACCAAACAAAGUAGAAAUAAAAUAAUAAAUUACCUAGCUAAUUCAUUAUUCAACGCAUUUCUUCACGAAAACAUAUACUACACCUUUCUCGAUUCACAAGCGACUGUAUUCUCUGAAAGAACAAUGAAAUCUAACUUUUUGUCUAAAUGGAAAAUUAACUAUAAAGAUAAGCAAAAUCAAAGAUAUAUAAAGAAAAAACACAAAGAGGAUUUGCAAAAUGUCCAAAAACAACUAGGUGUACCCCAAAUAAUACGAUCUAGAUUAAAUUUUGGAACUCCAAUAACUUCAUCAAAUACAUCAUUUUUAUUGUCUUCUGACAAGAAAACAGAUUUGAUCUUUUCACCUACAUGUAAUGAAGUUAACAAUUUUUCAACUCAGCUUGAACAACGCGAGGAUAUUUGGAAACCCUUUAAUAUGAAGGAGUUAUAUUUUGAAAAAGUUAACAACAAAGUGAUACCCUCAUUGAAUAUUGAAAUUGAUAUCCUACUUUAUUCCAAUAACUGGACCUCAAUAUCAAAUAAAUGGCUAUUAACUAAAUUCGGAUUAAAUGAUCAAAAGAAAGUGAUAUCAAUGGAGGAGAACAAAUUUAGGCUUAAUGUGAAAUGUAUAGAUAAGAAUUUUGAUCCUGUAGAACUUGAUCAUACCCAAUUAAUAAUUUUCAAUACUGGUGUAACAUGUGAUGAUAUUUUUGACUUAGAGUUGAAAUUACAGAAAGACGGUGAAGAAUUAAUUAAAUUAAUUUCUAAUAUUUCUGCUAGGUCAGAGAUCUGCUUCAAUCUAUUAAUCGUAUAUUGGGAUUCGAUGGAAACCGUGAUAUCCCCAAGUAAAAUUGCCCGUUUUCUUAAGUUAAACAGGAUUGAAAAAAGCUUCAAUGAUGUGUUGUUGAAUAUUGGAUUUAUUAAAGUAACAAGCAAUUCUCCUCAAAAAUCCUUGGAAGAAGGAUUAAAGAGAAUGGCCAGAGAUUUCAAGUGUCAAUUGACAGAACGCGGUAGGUAUAAACAAAAACUUUACAAAAGAAGAUCACUUACUGGAUCACAAGUGUGUAAGACACCCAUAUCUACGCUAGUUACUAUUGAUGAGAAAAUGAAGAGAAUUCGUAAGAUAGAGGAGGAUAAGUAUAAGAAGCAACAAGAUAUGAAAAACACAUAUGCCCACUUACAGUCACAUAUUAUGGCAUCUCCAAAACUAUACAAAACAAAAUUACCUGUUUUAUUAUCUGCAUCAAAACAAAAUCCUAAAUUUAAGACACCAAUGACAAAAAGUGAUGAGUUACUUUCUACUCCAGCUAUUCCGUCUCACCUAGUAACCAAAGUACAAAGAAAGCAGCAUCCUCCUAUUCCUCCCACCACACCAUGUCAAGGCACCUAUUUCCCAAAUGGCUCAAUGGUUGUCCAUCAAACACCCAUAGUUUCAUGGAACAGUAACAGUGGUAAUUAUAAUACAAAUCACAGGACAACAAGUUUGUUCGGCUUUGAUGAAAGAAAUCCUCCGAUAUUUCAAACUCCUAUUCAGUCAAUUGUUAAACCCAUGGAUCAAUCCAUAUUAUCAGCGGAAGGAUCACAUACAAUUCAGGAACUGAAAAAUAUUAUAGAAACAGUUAGAAAGAAAGUCCAUUCAAAUACAUAG